ACGAUAUACCAUGGCCGGCACACUCCCUUUAGAGCUUCUAUCUCAGAUUGCAGGUUAUUUGAAUCAUGGAGGUGAAUCCUUGGUCCCAUAUACAGUUGUCUGCCGUCGAUGGCAGCCAGUCUUUGAGCAAUUCAUCUACUCUAAAAACCUUGUCGUCCACAGCACCGGGGACGUGGACGAAUCCCCUCAACCAGGGAUCUCCCUAACACGCUUCACAGCACUAACCUCGGGUGUGGGAAUGGCACGGCGUGCCUGGAUUCGCCAUGUUCAGUACAAUAUAGUCGUCCCGUAUGAACUCCCAGACUGGACCACUCGCAAGCACAAAGGAUAUCAACUGAAGAAUCCGCUUCUGAACUCCUGGGGCUCAGGCCAUCGCCUGUCCCUGCAACUAGGACUCGUGGGCCGCGAACAAGGUGAAGAGCCGUGCACAUCAUCUUACCCCGAUGCUUGGGAGUAUACAUGGGAAUUCCGAAAUGGCCGUACAAAGGCCACCAAACCCUAUCGGGCUUGCUUUCCAAACCAUGAUGCGUCCAUGCUCCCGCAAGUUGCGUGCAUCCAUAAGCUCUCGUUUAUGCGCAUAUACGAGCCAUCGGGUGUCGAGAGGGAUCACCAGGUGUGGGCGCAAGCCAUUUUCCAAAUUGUGCAGCACUGUCCGACGAUUGUGGAACUGCACGUGGACUUGGAUUAUCUCACUCGGCCGGAUCAACUAGAGUACAUCCAAGCAAGGCGUCAAGCGGUGUCUGACGGCUUGAGCAUUGUGCCUCGCAGUCUUCAAGUCUUUGGUUUUAUCAACCAAAAGGAGGGACCUUGGAAGACUUCCAUGCCUGCCUUAAACGUUCUAUCCUCCGAGGUUGAUCGCCUCGCCGUGACCCUCCGAGACCUUAGCUUUUCCCUCCGGGUCCUGAAGUUAAACAAACUUUCUCUCUCCCUCGAUUUUCUAUGUCCCCUGGAUGAUGACGGACAACCUAAAACUACAUCCUUAUGUUGGCCUCACCUCGAGGUCAUAGAGUUAAGCUCUAUUCCUCCAUGGCUUCCUUCCGGUAAAUGGCUCCUCCGCCCCAAACCCGAGGCUGAAGCUGAUAUCGCGGCAAUCGAUGACUGGGAGGAGGAAAUCUGCCAUUCGGAAAGGGGGCAUGUGGCUCGCCGUAUCAUGGAAGUUGAGCAGUUUCACCGGCUGUUCAUAUCGCUGGGAUAUGCCGCACGGCAUAUGCCUCGGCUGACCUCGUUGCAAUUCAAUCUGAAUGCCACCGUUCAGCUAAAUUUCAAGUUCGCCGCCGGUGUAGACGGCGUAAGCGCCACGUGGUCCGCCAAAGUGGACUAUCGGCCGGACCAGCGGGUUGCUGCAGCUUGGGGUUUUCGCGAGGAUGAUUUGCAGCCCGGGUUCCCGUGGAGGACAUAUACUCUUCAGUUGAAUAACUGGCCACCUGAUGAAGUGCAGUCUUAG